GGGAGCCCAGGGGGCGGGAGAGGGUGCUGACCCAAACCGAUGCCCCAGGGCCGUGGUCCGGAAGCGGACUGACCCACGCGAAUGGGCCUGCCUGCCUUCGGCCGGACUCCCCUCUCGGCGCUGGCUGUGGGACCGGUCACGCGGCGAAGGCGGACGGGCAAGGAGGCGCUCUGCUCCCACCGCGGUCGGUCCGGGCUUGCUGCGGAGGCGGUCCGGCAACGGCGGGGGACGCCUGCUGCCUCCGCCCAGGCGCGGCUGCUCGAGGGGGCGGGUCCCGCGCGGCAACUUUUGGAGCCGGAGAGCUGCAGCGGCUGGCAAGGGCAGGGAGCGGCAGCGGAGCAAGGGCCAAACUCGGGACGCCGCCUGCUCGCCUCGGCAGCUCGGGCCGGCGAAGGCGGCCACUGCGGCGCUGCAGCUGGGGAGGAGAUGGCCGGGAGCGCCGUCAGGGCCAGAGGCUGGCUGGGGGCCCUCCUGGUAGGUCUCCAGCUGUGCUCUGUGACACUCACCUUGGAGGUCUCGGUGGGCAAGGUGGCUGUGAUCUAUGCCAAGAAUGGCUCGGAUGUGCUUUUGCCCUGCACAUUCACCUCCUGCAUCGGCAUUGAGAAAGCCAACUUCUCAUGGAUCAACAACAACACGGAAAUAUUCAAAGGGGUAGUCAAGAACAAAGACUCCAAGCCAGAGCCAUACCCAGCCUACCAGUUUCCCAUCAAGUAUGGGUUGCCACCAGAUCUGCCCCUCAGCAAGGACAACCGGGAGUUCAACGUCUCCCUCCUGCUCCUGUACGCAGACUUCAGUGACUCCGGGAAGUACACUUGCUUUGUCAAGAACCCCAAAGAGAAGAAUGCCAACCACAGUGCCAUCAUCACCCUCAAAGUGGUCAUGGAGUUGGAGAAGGUCGACAACACAGUGACGCUGAUCAUCGUGUCAGUCGUGGGGGGUGUCAUUGGGCUCCUCGUCAUCAUCUUGCUGGUCAAGAAGCUCAUCCUCGUCAUUUUCAAGAAGACACAGAAGAACCCUGAGCGUCUUGUGAGUUCCUCAGGAAAUGACAACACAGAGAAUGGAUUGGUCGGCUCCAAAGCAGAACACAAACCCACGCCAAAGGCCUGAGGCCGCUGUGGAGUCGGUGACCUGCAAGGCUCUCAAGUCCAGGCCCAGGAGGGGAGGAGGAGCCAACCCUUUCCAAAGGAUUGAUGCUUGAGGCGUGCCUAUAUUACACAGUCAGCUGCAACCAGCGCUGCUUCUCAGACAAGACUGCAGGCCCAGACAUGCCCGCUGCUGGGGGUGGCAGGGGGAAGGGGCAGCUCAAGCAGGUCUUGAGCCACCAUGAGGAUGCAUGCUGCCAGGAGGGAUCUGGCAGAUGUCAGCUUGGGCAUCUGUAGUGCCAGAGUGGGGUGGGGUGGGACCUCAGAGGCGGGCAAUGUGCCAGGGAUUUGGCUCUCGUCCUGGGCAGAGAGCAACCACAGAGUGCAGGUGGGCUGGAUCCUUCAGGGGAGAUGCUGCGGGGUGGGGUCUUUUCUGCCAACCUGCCUCAGGAGCUGGAGCUCCUUUCUAGAGAAUGGGGGGGUGACGCUGUGGGGCUGGUGGGGUGGUGCAUGCGCAGAAGGAAGGCGCUUUAAGCGGACUAGAAAGUCAACCUGCCAUUUUGCCUGCAUUUGUGCUGGAUUUUUCACCCUGAGCUCUUCUGCCACCCUCACACCACAAGUGCUUCACUGGGUGGUUGUUGCUUUUAAGGCAGUCUGAUGAUGGGGGGAGGGGGGAGGGAGGGGGGAGAAAAACAGCCUGGCUCCCUUGAAAUCACCCUGGUGUUUGUGUGUGGGGCUCUUGGGGUGGGAUGCAGCAGUAGUGCUCCCCCCCCGCCUCAGUCUCCAGGAGUAUCCCCCACCGCACACACAUGGUGGUCCUUUGCUUCAGCCUCUGUUCUCAGCUGCCAUGCAGCCAUGGCAAGGGAUGGCUGUUUGCCAUAGGCAAGGGCAGCUGUGGAGCAGCUGGAGGUGGGCAACCUCCCUUGGCGCUGAGGCUGAAGGCUUGGAGCUUGCCCCCCCCUCCUGCUCCUUCCCAAGAGAUAGACACAGACUAGUGUGCAAGUUUGCCAGAUUUUGUGUUUAGCUCUUGCACCUUGGAGCUCCUUCUCCUUAACCAGAGACAAGCCCAUUCCCUGGCCCUCCCCUCCCCUCCUCUCCCCAACCCUGCAUGCCUCUUUCCUGGGCUUCCUGAUGGAGAAGCCUCCAUGAGGGAAGGUGCAGUGAGCAGGAGGGGCUGCCUCUCUGUCCGCCUGUGGUCAGGAGCAGCUCUGGUGGGAACCUUGCAAGGUUGCCAUCCACCUGGGGGUUACCUUGUGCCUGAGCACAUGGCUUGCCUGGACAAGGAGUCUGCCUCCCCAGGCCUGCAGGGCAGCAGCCCCCCCUCCCCAUGGGGCUGCCUGGCCUCUCUUUGCUCCUGACUGCAGUGGGUCAAGGGCUAAGGGAGGCUUCCAAAUGCAGCUGCCCUUUGUCACUCCCUCCCUCUAGUUACCCAGCCCAAUGGGCAUUCUGCAGGGAAGGAUGGCCUCAAAGAUGCACUUGCCCUAUUUGAUGUUUGGUCCAGUUGGGCAUGUUUGGAAUUUUGAAAUUUUAUCAUGUUCACUUUUUAAAAGGCUGAAAUUGGGGAGGGGGGAGAAAUUUGGUGCCAUGCAGCAUAGCUGUUCCACCAGACUUUUCAUUUUUUCUUUUUUUACCACGAGGACUAGCAUUUUAUUUUUUAAAAAAAGAAAGCUGAGCUUUUGCAAACCCUGUUUGAGCUCCUGCAAUCCACAAAAGACCAUUGUUCUUUGUGCCUGGGAGAGGGGGAGGGGGCCAAGUCCUUUGAGUCUUCUGAACUUCCACCCUGCUUCUUGUAACCUCAUUUUCAGGAGGUUUGUUUUCUGUGUAUUUUGGCAGAAUCAUGGCUAAGCAGCUGCUAUUUAUUUUGGGGGAUAGGAGAAAUGGCCCACCCCCACCUUCCCUUAUCUAUCUCUACCUUUUGGGGUGCCUUUGCAAUAGUCCUUCCCCUGUGCCUCAGUCUCCCCUACUGCACAUUGGGCAUAAUAAGCCUCAAUUAGCUUGCUGCAGGGGUGUGUAAGGAGGCUGAAUUCAUGACUCCAGUCACGUGCUCUGGGUGGGUGGGUGGGUGGGUGGGGGAGUGACUGGCAAUGCCAAGGCCGGACCCUUGAAGGCAGCAGCGGCGGCAACACCACCCAUGGAUGCCCCCCUUGAGGCUUGGCAAGCGGGGGAGGGAUUUGGCAACUUGCUCUCCUCAUCCCCUCUUUGCAGAUGCUGCCUGCUGCGAGUUCCGCUCUCCUGUAUGGUUUCUUUCCUCCCUCUGCCUCCCCCCUCCCAAGAGAUGUAAACAGCAAUAACAGCAGAACAACCCAGCCUGAGCCGGCAGCAGGCAGAGCAGGCUGGGACAGGACGAAUUAACCAGAUUCCUCAGGUUAAUGAAUUCUCUUCACUGGGUAUCACAGCAAAUCCAAAGAACAAGCAAAGCCCUCCUCCCCGCGCUUUCUUCCUGAUCGGCUGGCCAUGCGGGCUGGGGAGGAAGAGGUCAGGACCUUUGGCAAUAACUCAAGAAGGAGCGGAGGGGGGGAUGGAGGGCAACGCUGCAGCGCAGAGCCAGGCGUGAGGACCCCGCUCUCACUGCCGCCUUUGGGAGUCCCAGAGCGGGUCAGCAGGGGCAAGAGCUGCACGGGGUGAGGAAAGAAGCCGGGUGGGCAUCAGCCAGGGAAUCUUCUGCGGGGGUGUGUGUCUUCCUAGCUGGACUAUCUAACGCACCCCCCCCCCCCGCUCCUUCCAUCCCAAGCAGAGCCUUGGUCCUGGGGUGGGAGGGGCAAGGGCCGUCAGUAGGAGGGGUUACCAGCUGGCCUCAAGCGCAAGGCCUGAGCCUGCCAGUGAGGGGCGCCGGGCAGGACACCGAGGGCGCCCCUGCCUGCAGCUUCCCUUGACUCCCGUCAUCACCGAGGGGUCUUCAUCCGCACGCUGUCCUGCGCUGCUGUGUACCCCCCUCGUCCCCUCUGUGACCAGAAGAGGCUUGAGCCGAGCAGCGGGGGAGGGAAGUGCUCCCUCCCCUCCAGCUCUUGGCCUUCUGUGCAUAGGCUUCUGCCACACGCUGCUGCACUUGGGCCUUCUUUCCUUUCAACAGAAGUGGCUGGCUGGCAGCCUCUGCCGGGAUAAGCCUGGGGCUGCCUGCAUGUGUGCAUGUGAGGUGGAGGCGGCGGCGUGGCAACAGGGCUAGCGUAAAGGAUGUGUCAAGCACAGGUGCACCCCGACAACCGGUGUUGCCUUUGAGACUUCUCUUUUGCACUCUUCAGCUGUAGCUGGCUUCCUUGCCGUGAAUGAAAUAAAACGUUUAUAUUUACCA